GGUGAUAGAAAAUCAGAAAUUAAGAUUCUAAGCAUUGGCGGAGGUGCAGGUGAAAUUGAUCUUCAAAUUCUUUCCAAAGUGCAGAUUCAAUAUCCAGAAAUUCAUAUCAACAAUGAAGUUGUUGAGCCAAGUGCUGAGCAAAUUGCCAAGUACAAAGAGCUUGUAGCCAAGACAUCAAACCUCGAGAACAUAAAGUUUGCUUGGCAUAAGGAGACAUCAUCUGAAUAUCAAAAUAGAAUCAUAGAGAAAAAAGAAUUUCAGAAGUGGGACUUUAUUCAUAUGAUUCAGAUGCUGUAUUAUGUAAAAGAUAUCCCAGCUACCCUGAAAUUCUUCCAUAGUCUCUUAGCUACCAACGCUAAGAUGCUCAUUAUUCUUGUGUCAGGAAUCAGUGGCUGGGACAAGCUGUGGAAAAAGUACGGAUCCCGCUUACCUCAGGAUGACCUCUGUCAGUAUGUCACAUCGUCUGACCUCACUCAGAUGCUGGAUAAAUUGGGGAUUAAGUAUGAGUGUUACGACCUUCUGUCCACCAUGGACAUAUCUGAUUGUUUUAUUGAUGGCAAUGAAAAUGGAGAACUGCUUUGUGAUUUUUUGACAGAAACCUGCAACUUUAAUACAACAGCACCACCUGAUCUCAAAGCAGAAAUUAUGAAAGAUCUGCAAGAGUCUGAAUUCAGUGUAAAGAAAGAGGGAAAGGUUCUUUUUAAUAAUAGUCUGAGUUUCAUAGUGGUUGAGGCAUAAAUAUCAACAUGUAAGUGUAUUAAAAAAUUAUAUUUUGAA